CCAAGCCAUGGUGUGCAGUGCAAGGCGGGUGCUGCAGGCACCGCUCCAGCAGCAGCAGUGACAGCAGUGACAGCAUGGUGCAGGCGCGGUGGGCCCUGGCCCUCAUCCUCCUCCUGGUGGCCCUGCCAGUCGGAGGUAUCGGGGCUGCUCCAUGGCGACCGUGGGCAGUGGGUCCAGAGUAUCAAGACGGAAGGGGACAAUCUUCCCAGGACACAUCCAAAGUGCUACAUGAAAUCCUUGGACAGCUGAAGAUGAUAGCACGAGGUGUGAACAGCCUCAGCCUCAACAGCGCCGUGGAUGGCAGAAGAUUCACCAGUGCUGUGGUGGGCAGGGCAGACCCAAACCUUGUGGAUGGCAGGACAGACCCAAUUGCUGUGGUGGGCAGGGCAGAUCCAAAUGCUGUUGAUGGCAGGACAGACCCAAACACUGUGGAUGGCAGGACAGAUCCAAACGCUGUGGUGGGCAGGGCAGACCCAAACUCUGUGGGUGCUGAUACCUUCCAGACGUACUGCAUAGAAGGCAUCGUGGCUGUCCUGGGCUCAAUUUUGCUGGGGAUGGCAUUGUAUUGUAUAUUCCACUUGUGGAGGAAGAGGAGAAGGCGCCUCGCAGCUUCGAGAGCCGGCUCUGAGCGCCCCAACAGCCGGGCAGAAGCCAGCAGAAUAUUUGCAGGAGCGUUUAAAUAAAGAUCAGCAGCACAAUCGA